AUGCUUUUGUGUGUUGGAAGUUUCUUUGGAACAAAUGAAGAGUCUAAGAAAGAAUGGGAAGCAUACUCUUCUGGAAGUGUUGCAGGUACAAUAUACUCGGUAUGCUUAACACUUACCUAAAAAAAUUGUAAAUUGUAAAUUGUAAUUUGUUUACCCAAGGAUCACUAAGGAGUUCAUAAGAACUCGUUGAAACAUGUCCGUGCGUUCCAGAUCAAAUUGGGAUUUGAAAGUGUUGGUUUUUAAGGAGAGGGGAAAACUGGAGUACCAGGAGGAAAACCUCUCGGAGCAAGGGAGAGAACCAACAACAAAGUCAACCCACAUAUGGCGUCAACGCCAGGAUUCGAACCCGGGCCACAUUGGUGGGAGGCAAGUGCUCUCACCAUUGCGCCACCCUUGCUCCCCAAGUGCAUGUACCAUUUGCAAUCUUUCAAGCAGAUCACAGUAAUUAAAGUUUCAAAAGCCAAUCACCUUUGCAUCCUGACCCAAAAUCUCAUUUAUUUAUUUAUUUAUUUAUUCAUCUUUUCUCCCAGGACCACUCUCUAAUGGUCUUGCAAUCAUUAUGCACUUUGACGUACAUGUACAUGUACAUGUAUGACAGUAUAUUCCUUUAGCAGGUUUUAAACAUUUUAAUCAUGCACAUACCUAGUCUCCAGGGUUCUCUGGAAGCUUGGGCAACAGAUGAGUUACCGAAAUAAUACAUGUAAAUGCAAACUUGGGAAAGAGGUGUUAUCCUCUGUGGCUAAAGAUCUUUUUGUGGUCGCUCAAAAUGCACUGAAAUGCUUCUUUUUUUUCCUCCAAUCCCCUAAAAUAAUUUUACCCAGUAGGUCCUAUGACUCCUCCAGUGGAAGGGGAUGAUCUCCCACCCUUCCACACCUACACUUAGCCCUAUACUUCCUUAGAUAUAUAUUGCUGUCUUUCAGUCCCGAUUCCAACUUACAUCCUUGGGCCAACAGAAAAGGAGGAAGUGAACUACUUUGCAUCAGUUUCCUUGGACAGUGGGGGAGAAAUGUGUGAAAAUGUCACAUAUCUAGGUAACAAUGUAAACACUGUAUCUAGUACAGCACUGACAACCUGUUAUGGGCUAUUGGUGGCAAUGCUGUGCCACAUACAAUUUAUGAAAAAAGUUGUACAAGAUUAAGCAGGGUGCAAAGAAAGUCAUUUUUACAGCUUGCCAUUCGGGCAAGCUGAAGCUAGCACUUACUAGCUCAGACGUCAUUUCAACUAGCCCCGAAAGCCUUUUGAUGAGCAGAAUUGAUUUCACAGUUCUUCUGUUAUUCAAAUUCCUCAAAAAACAUCACUUGCCCGUCGGGCGAGUUAACCCAUUCGCUCCUGGAGAUUUUGCCGAAAAACGCGUUUUGAAGCUAGUCGAGUGGUUUUCUGGUCACUGUCGUGCUAUAAAGAGCUAAAACUUACCACAAACCGGUUUACAGAUCGUACACUUGGCGGCCUUCUGAUCCAGAUGCAAAAUAUCAGCUUGCGAAGUUCGGGCAUGCGCAGAAAGCAAAAUUUCGACAUAGUUUUUGGGUUUAAAAGUGACACAGCAGUCUUGACUUUUACUUUUCGCUUUCUCUCCUCCCUUCUUUUUUCGCUUUUCUUGCCUCAUUUUUUUUUUGUCUUGCUGGGCAUUUAGUAGGCUUCAUUUUGGUGGGAAGAGUUUUUAGGAAAGCUUUUAGGAUCUUAAGAUUAGGUGAAAGGAAAGGUAGGUGGGUAAUGGAACAAGAUUUUCAUGGAGAUUUUCAGGUCCUUGUCACGUGGUUUUUUGCUUCUUUCUCCGGUGUCCUUGACUGAAUUGUGCUCAUUCUGGUAUGGUUUGAAAGAUCUCUUCACUCUGCACAAGUUAGCGAAGAAAGUUGUCCUUGAUCAUUAAAACUGAUGACGUCACAAAGGGUAGAAAGGACCUGGAUCCGCAUGGGCGGUUACGGGCGGUUCAGGGGCGAAUGGGUUAAUCAAAAAACCUAAAAAUGGCCUUUUACCAACUUUUUCAUCUGAUUUUACAUGAAAUAGACAGAUUUGGUUGUUUUAUGCUGAAAAGUGGAUUUUUUUCAAAAAGCUUGGUACUCUGCUUAACCCAUUCGCUCCUGGAGAUUUUGCCCAAAAACGCGUUUUGAAGCUAGUCGAGUGGUUUUCUGGUCACUGUCGUGCUAUAAGGAGCUAAAACUUACCACAAACCGGUUUACAGGUGGUACACUUGGCGGCCUUCUGAUCCAGAUGCAAAAUAUCAGCUUGCGAAGUUCGGGCAUGCGCAGAAAGCAAAAUUUCGACAUAGUUUUUGGGUUUAAAAGUGACACAGCAGUCUUGACUUUUACUUUUCGCUUUCUCUCCUCCCUUCUUUUUUCGCUUUUCUUGCCUCAUUUUUUUUUUCUCUUGCUGGGCAUUUAGUAGGCUUCAUUUUGGUGGGAAGAGUUUUUAGGAAAGCUUUUAGGAUCUUAAGAUUAGGUGAAAGGAAAGGUAGGUGGGUAAUGGAACAAGAUUUUCAUGGAGAUUUUCAGGUCCUUGUCACGUGGUUUUUUGCUUCUUUCUCCGGUGUCCUUGACUGAAUUGUGCUCAUUCUGGUAUGGUUUGAAAGAUCUCUUCACUCUGCACAAGUUAGCGAAGAAAGUUGUCCUUGAUCGUUAAAACUGAUGACGUCACUAAGGGUAGAAAGGACCUGGAUCUGCAUGGGCGGUUACGGGCGGUUCAGGGGCGAAUGGGUUAAAAACAGAAUUCACUAGCCCAAUAGAAAAAUCCACUAGCCCCGGGCUAUCGAACACUACUUUCUUUGCACGCUGUUAAGUACCGUAAAUCCUCUAUUAAGCUCCCCUGGGGCUUAUUUCUUUCUAACACAUUUUGAGGGGGGGCUUAAGAGAGAUGGGGGGUUUAUUCGAGAGGGGGGUUUAUUCGAGAGGGGGGCUUAUUUAAUUUAGCAAAGAUGAUGGUAUCAGUUCUCCAUAAAGAACUAAGAAUACAAAGUGGAAAAACUUAAGUACAAGAAGUUAGAGGUCAUGCAGCAGAGGAUCAAAAACAAAACUGAACUUCCAGUUGGUGAAUAAACCAUCCUCAGUCAGUCCACACAAAGUUUUAUGUUGUUAUUGAUUAAUACAGUCUAUUAUUUGGUAGUGAAGAAUAAUAUGAGGGAGGGGAAGGGGGGCUUAAAAGAGAAAGGGGGCUUAUUAACUUUCUUCCCCUGAAAAGGGAGGUCUUAUCAGAGAGGGGAAUGGGGGGGGGGGGGGCUUAUUAGAGGAUUUAUGGUAUGUUCACACGUACUGUUAUGUAGUGUAAAAUUGACUUCUCAAAUCUGCAGUCCAUCAUGUUAGUUAACAGGCUUGGGACAAUCAUUUCCAAGAUAAUAAAUUGUCAUUGUCAUUUUCAUCUUGUGCAGGUAAUAAAUUGGAGCAGAAAAUAGGCCAGGGGGAGUAGAGUAGACCCAAAAACCUUAGUGGUACUUGGUGGUGUAUAAUUUACGACUGCUCUCCGUAGGUAGGAAAGGAAUUCUAAAGACUCAGUCUGGAUUGCAGAUAGCAUACUUGAGUGGAGUUGAAAAAGCCGAGGCUCCUGAGGUAGAUGUACAUCUUUAGAACAAUCAAUUUAUUACUGUACCAUGCAUUCUAAAGCCAAUAUCACUGAAAAAAUAUUAUUUGUAUCUUUAAAAAUUAUUAAAAAAAAAAAAAACAACAACAACAAAUUUUAUUGGAAAUUGGAAAAUAACUAAUUACAUUACUUUCCCACCUGCAAAUAGCUUAUGAACUAAUCGAGGCGGGGGGAGCUGAAGACAUAUUACAAAACAAGAUUUAUAUAUAGAUGGACUAAAUAACAGUGAAGACACUACAAUACAGUAAAUAGAAUUUAAACUAACAUAAAACAAGGCAUGUACACAACGAUUACGAAGAGAGGCUAACCUAAAGUAUUAAAUAACUUAAUAAGACGGGAGACUUCAACAUAAUCAUCUUCUGACCGCAAAAAAUUUAGUAAUAAUUCCUUUAUCUUUUUUCAAAAGGACGAACGUUUAAGUAUUUUAAUCGAAUAAGGAAAUUUAGAGUUCCAAAUUUGGGCACUGAUUCUCGUGAAAAAGGCAUACAUUUUAUCGGUUCUAGAGAACUUAACAUAAAACGAGUCGCUAGAGACAGAUCUUGUUCUUUAGUUAUGAAUCUGACUUGUUUUAACUAACUGAUUGAGUAUACUAACUGGUGCUGUCUGUCUGUUGAUAUCAUACAAUAAAUAGCUGCAAUCUCUGAAAAAUAGUCUAGGCAGGGGAAGGCAAUUUGAUUUGAGAAAGAAGGGUACGGCAUGUUCCUUAGACUUACUGAAGUAAAUGAGACGUAAGGCCCGUUUUUGUAGAGUUACGAUCUUUCUUUGAAAUGUCAAGGCACAGUUUCCCCAACCACAAAUACCAUAAGUCAAGUAAGGGACAAUUAAUGAGUUGUAAACUGAAAGUAAAACACGACGCGGGACAUAAUGUCGAAUCUUAGCUAUAAUUCCUAUCGACUUGCUGAUUUUGUGACAGAUGGAUUCGAUGUGGUAUUUCCAUGAAAGAUUUGAAUCAAUAAUUAAGCCAAGAUAUUUUACAUAAUCUUUCAUUUCAAGGUUUGCAUAGGUGUUAGUCACGGAGUCAAAAAUUCUAAUCCUAGGUAUGAAGGGCAUAUUCUUUUGCCAGGGACGAAAGAUUACAAAAUUUGAUUUUUUUAUGUUCAAGGACAGUUUGUUGGCCUUUAGCCAUUCGUUGACAUUGCCAAGCUCGCGAUUAACAAGUGUUUCGAGUUCCUUUAGGUUGUUAUUUGCAAGUAUUAUACUAGUAUCGUCAGCAAAUAGAUAAUUAUUACCAAUAGUAUGAAUUAGGGCUUAGGAGACAAAGGAAAUUGAGAAUUAGAAUCAACCUUUUUUAAAAGAUUGUAACCUGUUUAUUACUUCAGCAUUGGCCAUUUUGAAAUUACGUCCCGAUUACUUUCUAUUUAAAAAAAAGUUGUACUCAACUCAGUCCUACUGUGUUACCAUAAAUUAAUAUACCGGUAAUUCACUAAUAGCUCGCCUCAACUUCCAGGGGCCAUUGAAAAUCAGUUGCCUGGUUUCUUUCCUCAAUGCAAUUUAAGCAUUAAAUUAAUUAUAUUUUGUUGACUGAGAAGUGAUGUUCUGUACAUUGUAUUUGUUUUAAGGAAGGGUGUCAUUUUACACAGAGUGAUAUUGAAGCAUUGGAGUAUCAAUGUAAUGAGGAAAGUUUUAAGGGUCUUGACAUCCUCAUGACCUCAUGCUGGCCUAAAGGUGUUUCACAGUUUGCUAAUCAACCUGUAAGUGUUUUGAUCAAAGAACAUCUGCCAGUACAGCAACUCAUGAGUUUUUUUAACAGCUUAGUUUAGUAACUUAAAAGUUUAAGUUGAACUUAAACUGAAUUUGAAUGCAACAGAAGUGGUUUUAAAUUAUUGCUUUGCAUUUCAAGUGAUUUAACUUGUCAUGAUGAUGAUAUUGUUUUUCAAGUCCACAGACUCAGGGAAAGCAAUAAUACAUGUAUUUGACCUCAUGUAAUGUUGUGAUUUAUAGGAUAAAUUUAUUUAUUAAUAGAACAUAAUAAAAGUACAUGUAUUAGCUCUCCUCUUGAGUAAUGAGCCAAAACCAGAUGAACACAAAAAACAAAUUAUUAUUUUAUUACAGUUGUAGUGACUUUUUCAAGUACAGUAGUGGUUAAGUCUGAAUUGUCUUUCAAAAGAUGUGAGAACUUCUUGUUGCUCAAAUUUCAUAAGAGGAUAAAAACUGUGGCAACCUUUUCAACCUACAUGUACAGUGUACAGCAUAAUAUUGUUAUCUGUAAAUUGCACUCACAGAGCCACAUGGGUAUGCUUCUUCACCCAGGCGACACUCAACUUACUUGGGCAAAAUACUUUUGUAUUUAGCUGGUCUUUUGUUUUCCUUUUUCUUGAGGAUGGUAUUGACUGCGAGAAUUGUGGGUCAGUGUUAGUGUCUCAUCUGGCAGAACACAUGAAACCAAGGUAUCAUUUUGCUGGUCAUGAAGGGGUUCAUUACGAACGAGCACCCUAUAGGUAAGGAGUAAAUAAUAAUAAUAGUAAUAAAUAAGUUAUUGUUCAUCAUUUUAUUUCCUGAAGCAUGUUAGCAGUCCUAAAACCUUCAAAUAUUAUUUUUAUAAUAAUAAUCUGUCUAGUUGUAAGCCUACUAGCUAGAGCAGGUUGUUUGAUUAUUACAUCGCCAACAAAAUAAUAAUAAUAAUAAAGCCUUUAUUUAAAGAGGGUAGCACUUAAUAGCCAAAGGCUAAUAAACUUGUGGCCCUCAUAAAAUACUCAACUAUUUACAAUCUAAUAAAAUAUUGCUAGCUAAAAUAUAUAAACAAUUAAAUAAAACAGGAUUCGAUUUUUAUAAAAAAUAAAAAAUUAUCAAAUGAUAAAAUGACGCAAACAUUGUUGUUCCUUAAAAAUCUUGGCAAACAUGUUCUUUUUAAAACAUGCUACAGAAUCUAGUUUCCUAAUUUCGAUUGGUGUACUAUUCCACACUCUUGUUGCCGAAACAGCAAAAGAGCGUCCUCCCUCAGUUUCUCUUCUUUAUUUAGGACAAACAGCGUUAAUGCUUGAAUAUCUAGUGUUGCGGGAGUGCCGCUUAUUGUUCAAAAUUAAGUGUUCAUUUAGAUAAUUCGGCAAAUACCCAUUAAUUCGCUUAUACAUUAUUAUGCAUUUAUCUAUCUUAUGUUGCUCAUAAAACGGAAUCCAAGUAACCUAGCUUGUUAAACAAAGCAACUGAUGGUGUCAUGCGAUUGGCAUAAGAAACUAAACUAUAAAAUAUGGAACACAAAAUUAAUGUGAAAUUGCAAAAUAAUGAUGAAAUGAAAGUCCCAUAAGUACUAACAGUAUUAUUUGUUCCUUCACAGUCAGCAGUUUCUGAAGUUAAAGAGCUCACUCACAGAAAUUCUGUUUAAUUAUAAUUUAUUAUGAUUAUUGUAUUUAUAGUCUUUAGUAUUAUAGUUAUAUUGUUCAGUAAUAAUAUUUUUUAAAGUUAUGGUCAAUAUUUUAUUAUAAUUUCAACAGUUUAUAUAAUUAUCUCAAUUAAUUAUUUAUUUCAUUUUCCUUUUGACAGGAAUCAUCAAGUCCUCCGAGAGACAGCACAACAUGUAACAAGAUUUAUUUCCCUUGCUCACGUUGGAAAUACAGCCAAGAAAAAGGUAAUGAUAAACUGUUCAUUGUAGACAAUACUCCCCGUACUAAUAGAUAUUGGUUUCUUUUGGUAAUCAAGAAUGCACAAGUUGUUUGAGUGUUAUAAUUCCCACCCCUUCUUUGAUUCCUCAAUGAACUAAUUCCAGCUUAGUUCAUACAUGUACAUAGAUUUUGAUAGUUUGUCAACUCCUUCCCUUUUGGCCUCUGUUAGAUACAUGUAUCACUUUGAACUAAUGGUGCACACAGUGUAUUCACACAGUUUAGUUUAAGAGCUAACAGGUUGCUAAUGACGUUUUAAUGAUGAUGGUGUACAUUGUACAAGACUAUUUGAAAAUAACAAUAUUUAUUAUAUAAACACUAAUGAAAUACAAGGUGAGCUUUCACGUGACAAAACAUGAUAUCUUCACACCUGAAAAUUACAUGUUAUUUUCACAUGUGGAAAGGUCACCAUUGCUAUGGUUACAUGUUAAAUCGCACCUUUCACAAAAAAGUACUAAAGUGAAAUGGUUUGGUAUGCCUUUGGCGUUUAUAUAAUAAAAUUAGAACAUUACAUAUAUAGCCACUUGGAGAUACAAAUUUCCCGUAUUUUUCAACAGGAGAAGGGAUUAAUUUUAUAUCUCUGCAUGGCCACUUGAUAUCCUUUACAUACUUUUUGAUUAUAAUGUUGAUAUUUUAUGGCUGCAGUACAUGUAUGCAUUCAAUAUUGUACCCAUGGUCUCCAUGGACAAGGAUGAACUUGUCAAACAACCUCCAGAUGUUACUGAGUUUCCUUACAGGAAAGUGCUGGGAGGAAAUGAUGUGAGCAUGUCGAAAUCAGAAAUGCAGCAGGUAAGAUGCUGACAGGAAUUUGGCCAGGGAUGUGGUAGUUUUCUUUUUUUUGAAGUAUCACCUUUUUCAAGCUAGUUUACUAACUUAGAACAAACGCUACUGAGUCAUAGUAAACAGAUAGCAGCCUGUACAAAAUUAAUGACUUUCGACAAACUUAAGCAAAACUGACAACAAAUGACAGAACAACCAACAAUUUGACUAACAAUAAACAACGGUUUAACUGAGGCAAAAGACAAAUCGGAAUGCACCAAUGACAUUCAUAGCCAAUAACAUCAUGGCUUAACUGACAAAUGACCAAUAACCUUGACUUUGACCAAUCAGGUCAAUACAGAGUUAAAUGCCAUCAACUGAUGUGAUACAACUCAUUUUGCCUCUGAAGACGACUACCGCACAGGUUGUCGAAACGUCAGUGACUGUCAACAACAGUCCUAUUCAAGACUACACUCUACCACACAAUCAUAUCCAACCUACUGUAAAAAAAGAUAACACACAAAUUUCUUAGUUCAUUCAGCAAUGUUUACUUGAUAUUAACAUUUUGUUGCUCUGAUUCUUGUACUAGGAUGCUGCUUCAACUCAGAACUUUUUCUUUGACACGCAAAAUGCUACAAGAUCACAGGGACCUAGGAGUAAAAGACAAGGUGAUCAUGGUACAGUAUCAGUAUUGCAGUAAAACUAUACUCUCGGCAGAAUUAAUUGUCUCCUUGGAGGAGCCAUUUCAGUUUCUUAACUAAAAUGGUUCUAAAGCAUACAGCUCUGAUCAAGUGCUAACAUGCAGUCCCAAUUCUACCUGUAGCACACAAGAAGUGUUGUUUGCUAUAUUAAAGUGACUCGGUGUUUCCGGUUCAGUAUUGCGUUAGGUAACAAAGGAUCAAUAGAGAAUUUGACAGUGAUCCAAAAGGAUUUGACUGGAACAUAAUAAAUUUUAGCGAAAUGUAUACAAACUGCGUUUCAGCUGAAUUGCUCAGUCAUCAUCAUUCUCGUCACAAACCGGUCACAUGACCACAGAAUUGUCGUGUGACAAGACAGCGUGACUGUAUUUGUUCGAAAGUAGCCAAAACUCUCCAAAACUGCAACCUAAGGGACAGAACUGUUUAAUGUAAAUAAUGUAUCUGAGUGGGUUAAAAAAUAACUAUUGGCCAUUGUAGACAGAUGGUAGGCUCAAUCGUCUGAGCCACUUUUCAAGAAAUGAGCCAACAGUGACCAGACUUAACCCUUUAAGUUCCAGCAUCCACAUACAAAUUCUUCAAACUGUUCUCUUUACAUUUCCUUAAAAAAUGAGCUGUGAGAAUUUGAUAAAUGAUCAAGGCAUCUUCUCUUAGCUUAUCAUUUUAUUAAUUGUCGUAGCCUUAUCUCUUGACAAUGUAUGGAUAUUGUCAGGAGAAAAUUGAUGUUGGUCGCUAUUGACACUUAAGAAUAAGAGAGUGGUGGAAAUUGUGCCUACAGAUACGGCUGUUGUAGAGAGUUGGUUACUAGUAGAAGUUUCACUGUAUGCGUUUCCUGUUGUUAUUGCAAAGCUUUGACUGACAUCCUUUUUCUUUCAAACCUCACCUAUGAAGCUGGCGAAGGUGGUGGACCCAAGAAACAAAGAAAAGGGCCCCGUAAGUGCAUGCGCUCUCAUCGACAUUAUUACCUCAUUAUUACCUCAUUAUGUCUCAGUCGGAGAAUUUUAACUCUCGUAUUUAAUAAAGUUAUGCUUUUGAUUUCAGCACCUUUGAAAGGUUCCUGUUGGUUCUGUUUGGGAAGUCCGCAGGUUGAAAAGCAUUUGGUUGUGAGCGUGGGAGAUGAUGUAAGUGGUAAUCAGCUUAUCAAUUAUCCUUGGUCAACAAGCAAGUCUGACAGUUACAUGUUGUCGGUCAGACGGAACGUCACUCAGACAGUCAUCAAUCGAUCAGCCAGUUAGUUAGCCAGUCAGUCAGUCCGUCAGUCAAACAGUUAGUCAACUAGUCUGACUACAACUAAUUUAAUUGCUCUCUCAGUGUAAUUUACUACAUGUAUUAAUUAUUAUUACAUGUAUGGUUCAAUCUGAUUAAGUUUCAUUGUGCUCGAUGGAUAAAUCAAAGAAGAAAAUUAGAAAAUACUUGCGCUAACGGCUUUGCUCUAUUUUCCGAUAGUCUUAUGUGGCCUUGGCCAAGGGAGGACUGGUGCCUGAUCACGUAUUAAUCUGUCCCAUCGGCCAUUUCGAGUCAACAGUUAAACUGUCUGAGGUACGAAGCCCUUUUUUGAACUUUCAUUCUCUUUCUUCCCUUGAAGUUCUUUUUUUGGUGUUUUUUGUUUGUUUUGUUUUGUUUUGUCCACGUUCUGUAUACGUAUAGUGAACGUGUUACAUUCUUGAUGUAUUUCAGGAUGUUCUGAUGGAAAUUGAAAAAUAUCCUUUCUAUUAGUUAGGUUUUUUUGUUUUUUCUUUCUAUUUUAAUUUUUUCCAGUGUAUUAUUUGUGGUAGUAAUUCGUUGAGGAAUUUUCAGACUGCCGCCUUUUUUCUGUCAUCAUCAUCAUCAUCAUCAUCAUCAUCAUCAUCAUCUUCAUCAUCUUCAUCAUCAUCAUCAUCAUAAUCAUCAUCGUCAUAAUCAUUGUUUUAUUUUCAUUAUUUAUUUAUUUUUUCAUUUGUCAGAGCAUUAUACUUUAGGAUGCGACACUUGCUAUGUAUUUUCUUUAACUUCCAGCAGAUAUAAGAGAGCUCUUCACAGGUUGUUUCACAGUGAAGGAAAAUCCUGUGUAAUUUUCGAGAGGAAUUUUUACACACAGCAUCUUCAACUGCAGGUACGUUGCAAAAUACCAUAUAUCUUAGACUGCAAAAUGAAAAAUUAGAACAACGGUUACAGUAAAGAGUUUUGCAACAUUUAAAUAAAUCUAGAUGUGGUUCAAAAAUACCUUCGUAAUUGUUUCGCUUGGGAAAAGCUCCGCAGGAUAAAAAUAACAAUGCGACGAACGUUUUCAUGUGUGUUCGUUUCAAUAAUGAUCCAGUUUUAGUGUUAAGCUCAUGCGUUAGAGAUCCAAUGUGAAAGAUAAGCGGAACAAAAUUGCCCUGGUUUGUCCUAAAUCUGAAUUGUGAAAAUCACUCUGUCUGUCGGAAUGGGCGUUUUGUCUUUCUCUUAUCUUUAAAAUUUUAAAAGUAAUGAUUUAUCAUUUUAAGGUCCUGUUUACGUGUAGGUGGGGGACCCUAGAUGGGUGAGGUAACCUGCAGCGGGUCACCCUACCUAUCAUGUAAACGUGAUCAAAUUAAAAUGAGAGAUUAUAUGGACAGGUGGGUUACCCCACCUAAGCGGGUUACCUCACCUUCCUGGGGUCCCCCACCUCCAUGUUAACGGGCUCUAAGACUAUUCUUCUUAAAUAUUUUCCCUAGGUUGUACCUGUGCCCAAAACGGAGGUGGACGAGUUAAAAGAUAUCUUCAAAGAGCACGGAGAUCAAAAUUCUCUACCCAUUAGAGAUGUCCCAGCCAAUACAGAGCUAAAACAGGUCUUUUGUCGAGGAGAGAUAAUGUUUUUUCUUCUUAUAUCAAUGCUGGUCAUUACUUGUAUCAAAACUUGGACCAGUGACUGAUUAUUUUGGCCCUAAUUCUGUUAGUAGCUGUUUAAAAUUUCGACCGGUUUCGAAGUCCUCGGUAUAACGAACGAUUUUCUUUACCCCAGUAAUAGUGAAAUAUAUGAAAAAGAACCUCGAUAUAGCGAACAAAUUUUACCAGUCCAUUUGCUCUUCGUUAUAUCUAAGUUCCACUGUAAAAGAGGCAGAGUCAUAACGUCGAUCUUGACAAACCUAAUGGUAAUGAGCAAAAUCUGCCGUUGUCUCUUGACCUUUGGAAUUUGUGUAGAGUGUUGCUGCAAAUUAGGGAAUUUCAGGUAACAUUCGCACGGCUCCGGACGAAUUUUCUACCGGCUGAAGAAUUUGACCGGACACUUCGUUCGCGCGGGAUCAUUCAAUAGUUUCGCUCUGUUCACACGGAUCUUUGAACGGCUAGGCGUCUAAAUUGUCGCACGGUUAGAGCGAUGUUCGUGUGACCUUGAAAUGAAAACGGGCGAACAAAACAGAAACAACAACCAACGAAAUAGAGCGAUUUGAUUGGUUUAUCGAACGGAUACAAACGCGCGUGGCUUUUGGUUGGUUAAGCGAACGCUCGGUGAAAAAACUUCAUGCUUGAGAACUUUCUAGAAAUCAGUCGAUACUUCGGUUUGACGUCAUACCGCAACACGAUUGGCCAAUCGAACAAUGCGUUCUCCAUAUUAGGGUUUUCUUUGGCGGGAAAACGAAGAGUCCAUGUUUUGAUCUUUUCAUCUACUGGCUGGUUAAACAAAUAGUUUUCAAGGUCAUACUAAAAUCGCUCUAAGGUUGCUCAAUGUCAACGGAAUGGAGCACCUAAACGCACGAGUUUUCAACCGGUCGAAAAUUCGUCCUGUGUUGUGUGACAGGACGAGUCUCCUACCAAGUGACGUCAAUAGCAUUCUCUGAAGCCUCAACGCGAUUAGCCCAACUCAGUUUGUCAAGUGUAGACGUCAUCUCCUGGAGUUGAAUUCCUCAGACGGAAGAAGAAUAUCCAAGUUCAAAGUGAAAAAGAGAACAUACAAAAUAAUGUCAGUGUCUUUUCUUGGCAGUUUGUACCAGUAGGAGCACCGUACUUUGUGGCAGAGUUCGAUAACGGUGAACGGUUACUUCAUCGCGUGACACACAAAAUGCCUUUACAGUUUGGAAGGUAAUAAGCGUCACCUACCUUUUACUGUAACUACAAAUAUGGAACGUUUUUUUUAGGAGACAUGGAAUACACGUAACUGCCUAGGUUUACAUUUCAAUAUCAUUUAGCUAUUAUGUUAUUUGUACUGGCAGAAAUGUACCAUAUUUUCUUACUUUUGGUUGACUUAAGUUCAUGAACAAAAAGAGCGUUUUCUUCUUAAGUUUAACUUUUCCCUGCAACCUAUUGAAUUUUUCCUCUUCUUCCAGCUUGUUUCAACAAUGUUUAUUUGUUUAAUACUUCAGUGGCCGUGCACUGGCCAGCAUGCAUAAGACAUACUUGUAGUGGUUGGCUUAUUUUCGAUAGAAUACUGCCGUUUUCGCGUCAUCGUUUGCAUGAGCGUGCUCUCUUCACGUUGUAAACGGCAAAAGGCAAGCGUUCUGAUUGGUUAGGAAAAUAAUCUAGUGGCCAAAAUCGUGAUGCUUAAAUAACCUCUCUGAUCUAUCAACUUUUGUAGGGAAGUUGUGGCCAGUCCCUCUCUUCUCAAUAUGCCCGACAGAGUGGACUGGAAAGCCUGUAAAGUUUCCGAAGAGGAAGAAAAGAAGAUGGCCGCCGAGUUUAGAAAGAAAUUUCAGCCGUUCAACUUCAACUUGACGUAGGAUGAAGAUGAAAUGGAAAAGAGAAACCCCGGCUCUCUUUAGAAGAUGGCCGCCGAGUUUAGAAAGAAAUUUCAGCCGUUCGACUUCAACUUGACGUAGGAUCAAGAUCAAAUGGAAAAGAGAAACCCCGGCUCUCUUUAUCCCCCUCGCGCCGUUGCUUUGCCCCGCUCAGCCUUAAUUCGUAAAGGGGAAUCCUCUACUAACUAUGGUUCAGCAAAUAGGAAAGAAACUGUAGUCCGUCCCAGCUCCUUAGUUGCUGGAAAGUUGUCAACAACGAGGAAUAAACUUUUACCGGGAUACUGCUUAUAGAUACCGACAGAAUCUCCAAGGCUCAUAUUGCAUUGUUUUUUCUCGUUGUUGUUUCGUUGAUCGCGUUUUCUUCUUAGACUUAUUUUUUACAUUGUUGGUUUUUACUUGUUCUUUUCAUACUUCUCAAGGCAUAAAAGAAGGCUGCAGAACGUCACAAUGCAGACUUGCUGAAGUUCGCAUAGAUUUUAAUAGCAGGUACUCCUCACCCGCGAGUGCAGAGCCGCGGCUGCAACGAGACACCCACGGCUGAGACUGAGGGUACUUUGCACUUGUCAGAACUGACCGGCCAGGCCAUUCCCGUCGUUAUGAAAAUUUCACUUUUAAUGAAAACUAUCCAGCCAGAUCAGUCAAAU